CAAAAAUCAAACAUUGAAAAGUCCCAAUCAAACCCCAAAGUAAACCUGGAUAUAGAAGAAGGGAACCCUGCAGCAGGCCUCAUGCAGAGGCCCCGCAUGUACCUCAUCCAUCCAGCCACAACCGCUGCCUGGCCACAACGCAUGAACACAUGCUGGAAGUUGGGACGUCAGUGAACUGUGCCCGUGGGGGCGGAGCCAGGGGUUAUGGGAGGAGAGAAGAGGACGUUUUGUUCAAGAAACGAAACUUAACAUUCAUAGAAACCAAAGCCAUCCGACGUGGAAGCAGUUCUCUCGAUCAGGAGUAAAAUAAACGCAUUUUGGAACAAAUAGUCUGACUGACGUUAACAACAAGGAAUGGCCUCUGCUAACACUUGCUGGUCUGAAGAGAACUUUUCAUGUUCCAUCUGUCUGGAUGUGUUCAACAAUCCAGUUUCCACCACAUGUGGACACAACUACUGCAGAUCCUGUAUUACAGAGUUCUGGGAUGAACAGAUCCAGUACAAAUGUCCUGUUUGCAACAAGCUUUUCAACACAAGACCUGAUCUACAGGUCAAUACCUUCUUAUCAGAGCUGGCUGCUCAGUUUAGAACAACCGUACGAGUAAAAGAGCAGCUUUUUGUUGAACAAGCAGAUGUUCCCUGUGACUUCUGUACUGGGACCCAGCUGAAGGCCGUGAAGUCCUGCCUAGUGUGUUUUACCUCUUACUGCCAAACCCACCUGGAGCCACAUCAGAGAGUCGCUCGCCUGCAGAAACAUCGGCUGAUCGAGCCUAUGGACUGUCUGGAAGACAGGAUGUGUAAGAAACACAACAUACUUCUGGAGCUCUUCUGCCAGACUGAACAGGUAUGUGUGUGUCAGUUCUGCACAGAGGGUGACCACAGGUCCCAUACUGUUGUACCUCUAAAGGAGGAGUAUGAAGUGAGGACGGCCCAGCUGGGGAAGAUAGAGGCUGAAGUUCUCCAGAUGAUCCAGGAGAGAAAACAAAAGAUUAAGGAGAUCAAAGACACAGUGGAACUGAGCAGCAAAGAUGCAGACAGAGAGAUAGCCAUUGGUGGGCAGGUCUUCACUGCUCUGAUAGGCUGUGUUGAAAAGUGCCGGGAUGAAUUCAACCAAACUGUUCAAGAGAAACUGAAAUCCACAGAGAAACAAGCUGAUGACCUCAUCAAAGAGCUGGAGCAGGAAAUAGAAGAUCUGACCAAUAGAAGCUCAGAGGUGAAGCGGCUCUCACAACCUGAAGACCACCUCCACUUCCUCCAGGCCUUCAGAUCCCUGAAGGAUCCUCCACCCACCAGGGACUGGACCACGGUGGAGGUCCGACCUCCGUCAUACGUAGGGACCUUGAGGAGAUCCCUGGAUCAGCUGGAGGAGACACUGAACAUGGAGAUGAAGAAGCUGCGUGGUGCUGCUGAACUGAAGAGGGUCCAGCAGUAUGAAGUAGAUGUGACCCUGGAUCCUGAUACAUCUCAUCCCAAUCUCAUCCUGUCUGAGGAUGGGAAACAAGUACAUGAUGGAGGUGUAGUGAAGAUACUCCCAGACAACCCUAAAAGAUUUACAAACUAUAUACAUGUUCUCGCGAGUCAGAGCUUCUCCUCAGGGAGAUUUUACUUUGAGGUCCAGGUUAAAGACAAGACUAAAUGGUAUUUAGGAGUGGCCAGAGAGUCCAUCGACAGAAUCGGCGAGAUCAUAAUGACCCCUGAGACGGGUUGCUGGAUGCUUUACUUUGACAAGAAUGGGUUCUUUUUUGGAGAUAACCCUUCUGUCCGUCUCCCUCUGAGAGCUGGGCUCCAGAAGGUGGGGGUGUUUGUUGAUUAUGAUGAGGGUCUGGUCUCCUUCUAUGAUGUGGAGGCCAGGGUUCAUAUCUACUCUGCUACUGGCUGCACCUUCAGUGAGCCUCUCUAUCCAUUCCUCUGCCCAGGCCGCCAUGAUCAUGAAGGCAACAAGUCUGCCCCCCUGAUCAUCUCACCUGUCAAUCAAACAGGCUUCAUGGAACAACUAAUGUUGUUCCAUGAAGGAUAAUCUCUACUAUGUGAGAUCUGAGAGAUCUGCAUUAGUGUCUCCUGCUGUCUUUUAAAGAUAAGUUCUUCAAGAAUAUUACCCUGUUGUUGAAUACAACUCAUUAUGAAUGGUUAGAUUACACUGUAUUAUUUGUCUGUUUUCUCCUGAUUUUUGAAAAUCUUUAGAGGAUUCAUUUGUAUAAAUAAUUAUUGUCGUUUAUUAACUUUUCUAUUGGUUUUAAAUUCUGAAUAGUGAACGAA